CACACACAGGAGGGCGACAUGAAGGCGGUGGGCGGUUGACAGGACAGUUUGAAUCCUGAAACCAACGGUGUGAGCUGCUGAUACACAGGUGUGGGAUUGACUGCUGCUCUUGUCGCUGGUUCACUUCAGCUUGUAGCCACCAAUGUUGCUUGGUUGCCGCAGUGGAUUCAUCAACCAGCUUGCCCAGGGUUGUGACAGACUUGCUGCUCCUCAUGUGAUUUUGAAACCUGAAACUGCGUGACCUCGGUCGUGUAACCUUGCCAUGGUCCGAUGGACCUCUGCGUCUUGACUUUCCUGCUCUCCUUUUGCCUUUGGGUGUUUGCCUGGGAGCUCAGGUGGAAAAGGUUUGGAGAAAAACGUAUUGAAGAAUGGCUCAGCACCAACAAUCUGCUCAAGUACAAACAUGUCUUUGAAGAUGUACAGAGUUUGGAGGAGCUGGCUCUGCUGAGCAUCUCCUCGUGGCUCGAGGCAGAUUCUCUGGCGUACAACUCAGUGCAGGAGAUCGAGGCAGCGCAGUGUCAGCUAGUGAAGGAGCUGGCUCUGGAGGAGUGGCUCUGCUCACAUGGUCUGGAUCAUUACUAUCAAACGCUGAAGUCUCUGGGCUGCAACACGCUCACUGACCUGGUCCACUUUGACAGUAACUUGCGGGUCGCUCUCGCAGGCUGGGGCUACUUCUAUGGUGACUACCACAAGCUCGGGAGCAAGAUUCUCCAGAUUACGAGGGGACACCUGGAGUGGGAGCACAAGUUGAAGCUCGUCCACAACUUGGCUGAAAGGCGUAGAAUUAAAAAGUGGUCUGCAGUGGGAGCAGUAGUUUUUGCCUCUGGUGUCACACUUUGCACUGUAAAGAGAGACCUAAUGUUUGUCAUUAUUGGUGGCCUCACAGUGUCCAUCAUUGCCUUCUUCUUCACUCUCAAGUUUUUUUAUGAGCUCGUAGCACGAGUCGUCAGCUUUGUUCAGAAUGAUAACCGGGGCAGGCGAGGGGACCGCACCAUAUACGACUAUGUCCGUGGGAACUACCUGGAUCCAAUCUGUCUGGUCACCUGGGAUUGGAAGGACCCUCAGGAAGUGGGCCACAUCAUGACCUUCCGAGUGCAUUUAUUCUACAAGAAUGGGCAGCCAUUCCCAGCACAUCACCCAGUGGGAUUACACAUUCACAUUUCUCACCUGGAACUGGGGCUGGACGUUCCUGUCACACAGGAGGUGCUUCAGGAGCAGAACAGCAACGUGAUCAAGGUGGGCUUCACUGUGCGGAAAGCAGGAAGGUAUGAAAUUGCAGUCAAACUCGGAGGAUUGAACGUUGCCUACAGCCCAUACCACAAAACAUUUCAGCCCGGACCAGUGAUUCCUACAAAAACGAAAAUUCUCUACCACUUCUCGACACUGGUGCUGACAGUGGGAGAACAGCACAUGCUGGAGAUCGCACCCCGUGACGAGUAUGAUAAUCCGACAAACAACGCACUGGCCAUUGUUGACAAGGACAAUUACAAGCUGGAGGUUAGAGAGCUUGGCCUCCCUGAAAACGAGACCUCAGAUGCUUUGUUUGAGAACUCCAUUUCUUCCAGUAAGAUGACGUGCCAAGUGUUUUUGAAUUUCACGCUAUGGGUACGAGGCUGUUUCCGGGCAUCCAUUACCUAUUGGGACCAGCUCAUUGCCAACGGGGAGUUCAACAUCAUCGUCCUCACAGAAAAUGAAAAGUACACAGUGGAGAAGAACGUGUCUACGCCAGGAAUCAGCGUUUACUUUGAGGCCUAUCUGUACAGCACGGCCAACCACUCUGAAGCUCAGUGGCAGCUGCCGACAGCAACACCAGGCAGCACCACAGGCAGACACCCCUCCAUCACCACGGACGAGGAAGAUGAUGAGAGAGACCUAGAUCAGGAGAACCAGAAAGUGAAGAAACCCAAGAAGGUUUACUGCUACAUAUCACCCAAGCAAUUCUCAGUGAAAGAGUUUUACCUGAAAAUCAUCCCCUGGCGCCUUUCUACCUUCAGAGUUUGCCCGGGAACAAAGUUUUACUACCAUGGCCCAGACCCCUUGCACAAGCUGCUGACCCUGGUGGUGGACGACGGGAUACAACCUCCUGUGGAGCUCAGCUGUAAAGACAGAAACAUCAUGGUGGCCACAUUCAUCAGCUUUUUGCAUAAAAACAUUGGCGGAUCUGAAACCUUCCAGGACAAAGUAAAUUUUUUCCAGCGGGAACUCCGCCAAAUGCACACGAGACGACCGCGAACCAAGGUCCUGUUGAAAGUCAGCCGCUUCGGUUUUCUUGAAUCUUCAAUAAAGGCCACAAGGAACUUUUCUGUAUCCGACUGGAGCAGGAAUUUCGAGGUACUUUUCCAAGACGAGGAAGCACUAGAUUGGGGUGGACCCCGCAGGGAGUGGUUUGAGUUGACUUGCAAAGCUCUUUUUGACACCAGCAAUGGUCUGUUCAUGCACUUCAGUGAUAAUAACCAAGGGCUGGUCCACCCAAACCCUGAUCGAGCACUUCACCUGCGCCCUAAGAUUUACGAGUUUGCAGGGAGAGUGGUUGGGAAGUGCCUGUACGAGUGCUCACAGGGAGGAGGCUAUAAGCAGCUGGUUUGUGCACGCUUCACCCGCUCAUUCCUGGCACAGAUCAUUGGACUCCGAAUGCAUUACAAGUACUUUGCAUCUGAUGAUCCGGAGUUCUACAAGAGUAAAGUGUGUUACAUCCUGAAGAACGAUGUCAGUGAGAUGGAUCUAGUCUUUGCUGAGGAGAAAUAUAACAAGUCAGGGCAGUUGGACAAGGUUGUUGAGCUGAUCGCUGGAGGCGCACAGAUACCUGUAACCAAUGAGAACAAGAUCUUCUACUUGAACAUGCUUGCUCAAUACAGAUUGGCAAAUCAGGUGCGGCAGGAGGUAGAAUUUUUCCUUAAAGGUUUAAAUGAGUUAAUUCCAGAAAAUCUCCUGGCUAUAUUUGAUGAAAAUGAGUUGGAGCUGUUGAUGUGUGGGACGGGCAAUAUCAGUGUGGCUGAUUUCAAAACCCAUGCCGUCACUGUUGGAGGAUCCUGGCAUUUCCGAGAGAAGGUGAUGAAGUGGUUCUGGACGGUGGUGUCCAGCUUUACCCAGGAAGAGCUUGCUCGCUUGUUGCAAUUCACCACAGGUUCCUCUCAGCUGCCUUCAGGGGGAUUUGCAGCUCUUUCUCCAUCCUUUCAGAUCAUUGCUGCACCAACCCACGGCUCCCUGCCCACAGCUCACACCUGUUUUAACCAGUUGUGCCUUCCUACCUAUGAUUCCUAUGAGGAACUGCACAAAUUGCUGAAAUUGGCCAUCAAUGAAGGCAGUGAAGGAUUUGGUAUGCUGUAGCUGAGGCUUUGCAACGUUAAGCAAUGAAUCUACUCAGUGCAAUAUUGUGAGGAACCACAGAGUCCAUGAUUAACCCAUAUCAACAAACUGAUCGUGCCAGAGGCCUUCCCUUCCACCCUGAGAACUUGGCUACUGGACAAACAAUUGAUGGUGAGAGAUCAGUACGUCUGCUACACUUUUCCAAGAUCAACUAAUGCUGCCGGAUGCAAACAUGCAUGCACAGCUGCAAGAAGGAGAAACAUAAGAUUUUCCAAAUACUGUGAGCAGAGCAUUUCUUCUAACUCACCAACAGUUUACUCUGGGAGAAACUCAAGAGGGUUGAGAGCCUGAUCAGACUUGUGUCUGUCAGUAAGGAAGAAAAUGAACAUUUUGAUUGGCAGCCAGUGGCCUCAGACAGUCCCUCGUCCGUCUAUUACUCUUUGUCUUUUCUCUGAAAGGAUGGAAAGAAUUUGGUGCUUGUAUUCUGGAUUCCCCCCAACGCUCAAACCACCAAGAGCCUUGGCAUGCUCUGACCUCCAAUUCGUAGCCAAGUGAGGUGCUUCUAAAGUAGAUUUUGUGCUCCUUUCUCCAAGCCACCUCGUCGUCCCAACCACCGAGUGACAGACUGGAUUAAUGAUCUUGACAAACAACCUCACUAACCUUCAAAUUGAUGGACUUCUAUGUUUGUUAAUGGUCUGUGUAGUUAGCCACAGACCCACAAAAAAAACUUUAUUUUCAUGCAAGAUUUUAUUCAAACUCGCACAACUGAUAGUUGUUUAAGUUGUUGAAGUGUGACAAUGUAACUUGACGGGUACAGUGAUAGAGAGCAGAAUGGGGGAAGGAGGUGGGUGGUAAGAAACAGCACUAGAUGUCUCCAGUUAAUUUUUCACAAGUGUUUUCUAACAGUCACAAAAGUCACAAAUCUAGAGGCGGGAAAUACAUUUUGCACCAACCUACUGUACUUAUGUUUUAAUUCUCAGCUUAGAACUUUCUAUAACGUUGUGUUUCAGAGCCAAGUUGUGAUGAGCACCACAUUGAGGAGUGGAAGAUGAUUUAUACAGUUCCUUUACUUGAGAAGCGGCAAAUUCUUAUUGUAUGAUCUUUGGUAAAUCGCAGAGAGUUAUACUGAGGACUCUGUUAAUGGAUUGAUCGUUGUAACAAAGGUGGUCACUGUGGCAGACCAGAUUUUCUAUACUCUUAUCGGUAAGGAAGAAAAUUAGAUUUUAUCCAAUAAUUUGUUUAUCUUCUAGUGACUUUAGAGUUGAAAUGCAAAGCACUAGCUCAAUAUUGCACAGCCUUCGGAAACUUGGAGUCUAGCUGGGACUUUCCUGCAUUACUGAAAUUGGAACCCCCUCUCUUGUCCCCUCAUCUCGACAUUCAGAACCAAAACAAAUACAGUCUGUAUGUGUAUGUGAACACAGAUAUAUAUUUGUGCCCUGCACAGGAUGCAUGAACAUGCAUGGGUAGCUGCAGUUAACAUGGCAGGGUCUGAAUGAACCUAGCUUGAACUUCUCAAUUGAGAUUACUGCUCAAUCAGAUGACCACAGGCUGGUUUAAACCGGACCUACAUUUAUCCCUUUGUUUCUCCCCCCAAAUCCCUCCCUGUCCAAAGUGAGGCAUCUGUUAGUUCUGGGAGCAGCAAAAGUGUGACUGACCAGCAAAGUAUAUUCAGAGCCAACAGACUUUAAGGUAAUCUGACCACUUCAUAGACACUUUGGGGAAAAAUUGGCAGGAGGAUAUAACAUUGUUCAACUACAUAGAACAGAUACUUGAACAUUGAGCAAGAAUUUUGAUAUCAAACACAUGGGAUAGAAAAGUAGAUUAUUUUAUUUCCCUUUUACUGAAACGUUCAGCCUUUUCUAACAAUGGAGGAUUUUUAUAUUUCCUAAAACUUAUAUUUUUAAAAAAAAGACCCUCAUGUGUACAAGUGAUAGUUGCAUCGCUCUAUGUGUCAUGUUGGUGGUGUUUCUCUCUUCACCUGUCCCUCCCGAUAUUUUAACAAUCUUCAGAAAUGUGUGACAGUAAGUACAAGAGCACUAAGUGGUGGUGGGAAAAGUUCUAGACAUGCAUUGCUGGAAUUAUGCCUGCUGUUAACUCAUGUUUUGCUUUUGUUCAGUCCUGCUCUGUCAACAUUAUCUGAUAGUGAAUAGGAAUUAUCUGCUUCAUUUAAUGAAACUCAUAAUUUAAAGAGAAGUGAGCAUUUGAUUUGAUUUGAAAUAUUUGCUCUUUCCUCCCCCGAUUUCCCCCGAAUCACAAGAAUAAUAGAUCUGUAGACAUUACAGAAAGGGAAAUUUGUGCCUCUUCUGGCGUCGUUUUCACCUUUCGGUUGGAAGAUUUGUGUAUCAUGCCCCACAUCAGGUCCUGAACUCAUAGUCCAGUCUGACACUCCAGCGCAAUGCUGUGGAAGUGCUGUAUUGUCUGAGGAGUUGUUGAACCAAAGUUCAUUUUGCCUGUUCAGGUGAACCCUAAUGAUCUCAGGACACGAGUUGAAAAGAAGAGGGAAUUUGGCACAAGUCAGCAAGGACCUAUUUUACUGCUUUCACUUUCCAGAACCAGCAUAGCACUGGGGGAAGAACCAACACAGAUUUCUUUUUUUCUCAAAAGGUGGAUAAAUAUUUAAUGUUUUUCAAGGAAAAAGAAACCUUUGAAAUAUUCUGAAGGUGGGGAUUUGUUAAUGUUUGAAAGUGUUGCGCUACAGCAUCGCUACUUUUAACAUUUGUUCAAUCUAAUUCCCCCUCGUCGUGUAAAAUGAGAAGGGUUAAAGUGUUGCCUAAUGGGUUUUUUUGAAUAGAGAAUGAAAAGGUCUUUGUUUAGGGAAUUUCUAUGUACAUUUGGAAAAAGAAUUCCACUAUUGACUUAAAAAAAUUGUUGUUUGGAAUGUUACUCACUGUUAAUCAAUCUAAUGUGUAGAUCCACAGGGAAGGAGGGUGAUUUAUUUCUGAAAGCUCACUUUGACAAUGUUAAUUUUUAAGAUGAGUGAUUAUUUUUUCUGUUCUUUCUUGCUUUUUCAAUCUUCAUUUUUUCCCCUUGUUGUUCAAGUCCUGGUGUGGGUACUUACUACAGGGAACAAUCCGGUAUUGUGAGGCUACCAGAAACAAGGUGACUAAUUAGACAAGUGUAGAGGAGAGGCGUCAUUUAUCAUGUGGUGGGUGGGGGGGGUGGGGGGGUGUAUGCCAUUGAAGGAGUGCUGAAGCUGUCAGUGAAGAGGAGAAGGGUCAAGUGUCCUCAGGAGGCAGCACUGAAUAGCGCCAUGAGGGGUGGACAUUAAACUCCAUUAGGGAAUGAACCAUGGCAGUGUGCUGAUUGCCAAGAGUAUAUGGUGAAGAGUUGCUCAUUGAACGCUAUGAGGGAUUAUUCCAGGGAGGAUGUUGAGUACUGUGAGCUAACAGGAGGUUGGGCGACCUGUGCCUUUAUAGGCAUGUAUCAGACAAAGGAAAGGCAAAUAGUGCCUAAGGGAGUGCACUGGGACAUGAUUUAUUGUGCUAAUCUGUCACAGCAUCAAUAGCCGGAAAAUUAUGAUCUUAGAAUGUUCUUCAGGAGCAGGUCAGGUAACCCCAAAAAUGUCCAGCUCUUGUCCGGUGGGAGGACUAACCAGUUUAAGGAGUUGGAAGCACCUAGUAACUCUUACUCUCUUUACGUAAUAAGCACAAAUUUCGGAGAAGUGAUUUUCUAUUUUUUUCUAUCACAAUUACUGCACUUUGAAGAGACUGCAGUCUUUCAGCAGCCUCACCUCACUCUACUGCAGGUUAAAACACAGACAGAUUAGAAAAGUCAGUGUUGCAGUUGUUUCAAAUGGGAGACUCCAUAACAAGUUUGAAGAGAGAGUGAAAAUGGCUCUGUGAGGAAAGCAAUGAUUUAAAUGCACAGAAUUAAUUGCUCGUUUUCAGGUGUUUGUAAUAUGGGACCUGAUUUUGCAACAAAUGCUGCAUAGGAUUUCAGUUAAUUGGCAAAUAUGAGUCAGGGUAAAUAUUGUUGUCAUAGCCUCCUGCCAGCAGUUCUUGUCCACGCUUAUUCAGAUAAGAUGGGAACCCCAUGCAGUGCCACUAAUCAGCUCUGAGUGUUGCAUACUUUGCCUUUCUAAAAGCAAAUUGAUCCAUAUCCCAUUUAAUUUCCUACCUUGGGUUCCAGUGUAAAUGUAAAAAUGGCCUUUAACUUGAAUGUUAGAACCGUGGGCCCUGGUUAGAAGAUGUUCUGCAGGGAUACAUAGGAAUGCACAUUAAAUGGAGACACCAGGGUCCACUUAAAUAUAUUCUCUCCAGUCCUCCAUUGUCUCAGCUCUGAAGCCUUGCCUGUCUCCAUCACUUGUGCAGAGCUGUAGGAGGUACCUGUGACAAUCUGAGGUAGACCUUAGGUCUGGUCAAGGUGACGGUCACAUGGAGCUUCUCCAGCUGCUAGACCCUUCAUUUGUGGAGCUGGUCAGCAGGUAACAGGGAGAUUAUAUCUCAGAUACAGAUCAAACACAGAAAGGAAAAAAGAUAAAUACGAGCCAGCACUUUGCUUACACAAUGCAAACUUAAAAUGCACUGGAUCAUGUUUUGUGUACUUCAAUGUAAAUAUUCUCAGCGUAUCAAAACUCAGCGUAUCUCAGCGUUGCCACCAGGAAAGUUUUAAUACUACCCUUUGUGAAUAGCUGUGAACUGAAUAUUAUUUAUUUGUAGAGGAAUGGUACCCAAUUUGAAACAUUUUUGUAUUUUAAGUGCUGAUUGCAAUGCUUGAUGGUGUGGAUACUCUGGAAUAUUUUUACUGUUUCUGAUUAAAUAAUGAUGAAUGGA